AACAAAAUGUAUACACCCACAAGUGGUAAAACCAUAUCUAUGGUCUUACUGAUUUAAUCAAAGUAGUGCAUACAAACUCUGUUUUGACUUUGUAAUCAGACACCCUAGUGCAAAUACAAGUCACAAGCCAUUUUUACGUAUUAUGUGUAUCACGUGAUAUAGUUUUUUUUUACUAUAGGGAUAAAAAUUUUCAAAAGAUACCCCCAGCAGGUGGGGGGAGGAGAGGGUGGCCCGUCCUCAUGUAGGUGUGGCUCGCAAUAUCAACCAAAAAGCUCUCUGCUAUUUUCAUUGACCACCUCCCAUUAUAAACGGGGGAAGGAUGGGGGGGCGGGAGGUCACACGAUUCCCAUACUUGAAUUCAACACUUUUCCCCCCCUAGAUAAGCUGGGAGAAAUUUCUCCCAGGUCCAUCUAUCCUUACCAAUGAACUGCAAGAUUCCUUCAGUGUUUGGUAUUAAGAAACCAAGCUGGGGGCAAACUUCAAUACAUCCAAAUUUUAUUAACAAAUAUAUCAUAUUGACGACGUAUACGAAUGAAUAAUUAUCCAUAUUUUUAUACAAUAAACAAUUUGUGACACAAUAUUAAUAUUUGAAUGAUUAUAAAUAUAUAUGUAAAAGUUUAAUUAUUAAUAAACACACAUGUUAAUAAUGAAUAUACGCGCGAAAAGGUUCAGUUUUUGUGGGAUAUUAUUAUUAUUAGCUGCACUUUAUUUCUUUUCAAAAAAAUCAUUUAUAUUAAAUACAAAUAGUAAAAAUGUAGUUUCUCUUAGAUUGUUGUUAAAUGCAGCUAUAAAAGCAGCCGAAUUAGGUGGAUAUGAAGUUGUUUAUGUACAUGAUCAAACAACGUUUAACAUUGAAAGUAAAGGAAAAACUAAAGAAGGUGUAAAUAAUCCAGUAACUGCAGCAGAUUAUAGAUCACAUUGUGUUAUGUAUCAUUCUUUAAAGGAUACAUUUUCAGGCAUUACUGUGAUAUCCGAAGAAGCAUCAAAAGACUGUGAUAAAGUAUUUGUACCUGAUCCUUGGGUUCCUGUUAGUAGUCUCAAAGAAUAUGACAUCGUAGAUGACUUUGAAAAUAUCGAAGAUAUUACUAUUUGGAUUGAUCCUUUGGACGCUACCAAAGAAUUCACUGAAAAUUUGUUACAAUAUGUAACUACUAUGGUUUGCAUAGCUGUUAAAGGAAAACCUGUAAUAGGUGUUAUUUAUAAACCAUUUGAAACUAAGAAAGAACAUAAAUUAUAUUGGGCUUGGGUUGGUCGUGGUUCAUCACCAAAUUUAUACAAUUUACCCAAGCGUAGUAGUAAUGAACCGCCAAUUUUAAUUGUAUCAAGGUCACAUGCUGGUCAAGUUCAUAAUGCUUCCAAGAUUGCUUUUGGUGAUUUUCAAAUUGUUUCUGCAGCUGGUGCAGGUUAUAAAUUUUUAGAAGUAGCUGUUGGAAAUGCUACUGCGUAUAUUCAUACAAAUGUUAUUUACAAGUGGGAUAUAUGUUCUGGAACAGCCAUUAUUAGUGCACUUGGUGGAAAGACAACAUCAUUAUAUGAUGGACAUUUUAUUAAUUUUGAUUCUACUGAUGCCAAAAUAUUAACAUCCGGUCUUUUAGCUACAAUGACUGGUCAUAAUUGGUAUCUGGAUAAAUUUUUAAAAAUAUAGUUGACAUGUUUUGUUUGAUAUAUUUCUGAUUUUAUAAUAACAAGAUCUAGUCACCAUUUUGUAUAAAAUAUCAACAAGAUCAUUGUUACCUUAUCUUUACAAUAACUAUUUUGAACAAUAAUGUAAAACUAUUCUUUAAUGUAUAUUGUAAAUA